CGCGCUCUGAAUAUGCCACCAACCAAAUGAAACGAUGGAGAUGGAUGGAGACCUCCCAGAUCUUAGACCCUCUCCCUCUCACUCUCACCCUCAAGCUUCAAGCCUCAACCCUCGCAUCCCUUUCCCUCUGUUCCACUUCGCUUCGUCCUUGUCCUUUCUCGUGCCAUUCCUCCAACCAUGCCUUGUCUUCCUUUCUGAUCCUCUCGACCUCAACGCCUUCAACCCUUCUCGCCCUUUGAGCCUCGAUGAUCCUCACACGUCAACGUCGCCGUGGUCGCUCUUUUCCCUUCGCCGACCGAUAACCUCCCCCUUCGACUUGUCGCCACGCUCCUCGAGCCGCUGAAGCCGUCGACCGACUUGGAGCCCCUUCCUCCAUUGCCAGCUCGAUCUCGUUCCUGCUCGCGUUCACUCCUUCGCCGUUGACGAGCUUUUUCAUUUCGCCUCGCUUCAAUCACGCUCUUUGAACCUUUUGGUAUUCUUCCAUCCUGUCAUCUACGCGCAUAUCGACGUUCUGGAUUGUGCCUGCGACCUUCAUAUCGAUACUGCACCAUUUAGUCGACCCUUUGUUCGAUCAAUUUAUUGGCUGGUCCACCUCGUUGGAAUAGAUCUACGCCACACUUGACGCUCUUUGUCACGCCAAAGGAAUCAAUUCUCAUUGAAAGAAUCCUCGCGGGUGCAUGAAUGACCAAGGUUGUUGGUUGACCGUCCCAUUCCAUUUGCGGCAGAAUUGAACAAGACGCUACAUUUGAGUUGCUCAGGCCAUCUCAUACUCGUUCUUUUCCUUUCUACGCCAACUCCAAGGGUCUUUGGAUCCUAGCCACUCUUUUGAUUUUUGACAUACCUACCUGAUCCAUUCUUUAGCAACAAGAUUUCGGUGUUUCCCUCUUCGAACCCGAAACCAUGAAGAUCACACACCUCGCUCUGUUUUCCGCACUGGCUGCUGUGUCGUUCGCCGAAGCAGCUCCUGGCAACCAUCAUCCUCGCAGGACAGAUUUGAAGCCUCGAUACUAUUUCCCUCGAGCAGUCAAGAGACAGGUGACUGGUAACGAUAACUCGACUACCACGACUUCGAGCUCGUCUAGCAAUGACUUGGGUUUGGGAGAUCUAGUAUCAACAGUUGGUGAUAUUGUGUCUGAUCUUGUCACUGGUGACAGCACGACUUCCGACAGCUCACCCGCCAGGACCGAGGCCACGACCACUUCGACUAGGACUAUUCCUGAGAGUUUGAACACAGAAACGGCUGAUCCAUCCAGCAGUAGUUCUCGAACUACCUCUACUUCGGGGGAAAGUGGCAUUACCAUUGGCCAAAGCACAAUCAUCAGUGGCACUGCUACUUCUGAUUCUGCCUCCACCACGGAUCCCGCUUUCGUAUCGUCGUCGACCAGUGAACCAGAUGAUGCAGUCAUCACCUCAGGGACGGACUCGGACACAACAAGCAGUUCAGGACCGGCAGUGACGACAACCAGUGCCUCUGCCACGGACUCUGACGACACUGACGACACUGACUCUGAGCCCACAGCUCCACCAACCAAUACUGUUUCAGGAUCAACCAGCAGCACCACUUCAAUCAACGAUGAUGAUUCUGAGCCUACCAGUCCACCAACGACAACAACACCAUUCACUGACCCCCCUACAACGCCUCCAACGGACACUCCCACUACUCCUCCAACAGACACUCCCACUACUCCUCCAACGGAUACUCCGACGACACCUACGGAUACUCCGACCACUCCUCCUACGGAUGAUCCCACAACUACCCCGACCGACAUCCCAACUACCACCACGAUUCCUCCUACUGACUUCCCUGACACUGCAAAUACCACGUCGACACCUCCACCUGUGACGACGACGCCACCGCCAGAUCUGCCGACCACCACCGAACCACCACCGACGACAACUCCUCCUCCAGAAGUUCCAACCACGACCUCCGAUGUCCCACCAGAUGCGCGCCUGACUUCAUCAGUUCCCCAAACCAAUACUGUUGAACCUACUGGUACAGACUCAGCCACAGCCUUGGUUCCCGAAUCGAGUGUCGUCUCAGCGCCAUCGGCCCCACCAACAUCAGGUUCGACAUCGUCCAGCGCGGCCGUGAUUCCCACCACACUGCCGAGUGUGAUUCAGCCAGAAGGCGGCAUCCCUGAUGCACCCAAGAAUUCCACCUUGAUUCAACUCGGAUUCACCUAUGGUCUCAACUACCAGUUUGUGGUUUCGUCCACCACCGCUGUGUCACAGAUCUUCUCAUACCUACCUCCCGGUGUUGCCGAGGGACUAGACAUUACCAUUGACGACGUUGUCAUGCAAUAUCUUCAGCCGUAUAAUACUCUGGAGUCGAUUGGCUAUGUGACGACAUUGGCAAUGGCUUACAUUCCCGCAAACAAGGUUGACUUGUUGUCAGUUCUUGUUCUGAACCCCAACUCUCCUCUGUUUCACCACUCGAAUCCAUCGGUCACCACAUUGAUGAGCAUGAUUGAUCCCUCGAUCCCCAUUCUGGCCGGUUCUACCGUGGGCAACGGGGGCACUCCAAUCAACACGUCCAAAGACCCAUCGACGAGCAGUGGUGGUAGCGGCAAGGGCGACGACGGAGCAGCUCCUGGGUCUGACUCUGGCGGCGCACCCGUACGACCAUCAUCGGUGGGCAUUGCUGUUGGUGCGGUCGCUGGUGCCACUGUAUACGGAGCGGCCAUGUUCCUGGUAGCCCGAAGAUACAAGAAGAAGAAGGCUGGUCACCAAAGGUCAAGCAGCAUGCAAUCAAGCCGUGGCAGCACUCCCCGUCCUGGCGAACAUUCAGGCUUGAUGGGUGGGCUCCGCGGUAGUUACGGAACUCGAUUUGGCGGGCGGACAUCGCGGAACAGUGAUCAAAGCAAUUCCAACCGAAGCGGACGCACGUACAUCAGUCCGCCAGUGAUGGCGGAGAACAGCUUGGGCUGGAACUGAAAGGCAGCGGGUCCCAAAUUCCAAGCAUGUACAGAGGGAACGCCGACAUCUAUUGAUAUCCAACGCCGUCUACGACAACCCGAUUUCCACCACAAUAUUCUGUUUUUUAUUUAUUGUUUCCUCGGCCUAGGUUUGGGAAAAUGGCAUUGUUCUCUAUUUUGAAGAUUCUUGAUAUGUGGUAUUGAAGGUGGAUGUGGGGAGAUAUGUGGUGGAUCGCGACGAGCUGGUCCUCUCCAGGCUCUGAGCAGGGUGACGGUGGAGAUAGAAGAUAGUCAAAGCACUUGAUCACAUCGGACUCGGUCGCAAGGCCGAGGACCAAACAAUAGCAACGUCGUUUUUGAUCCGAUAACACAA